ACACCCCAAGCCACGUCAGAAUCUGUCAAAAUACUUCAUUUGCCGUCGUGUCAAGCGAAAUUUCUUUUCUGUCCCGGUUUUACGUGAUUAACUCAAGGAAUCCAAGAUGAACAUGCUAUACGCUAUCGUUGCUGCUUUGGCACUUUUCACCGUGACUUGCUCCGGCGAGGAUGAACAAGUAGCUCGUUUAUUGGUCUCCAAGCAAAUCUUGAACAAAUAUUUGGUCGAAAACAGAGACGUGAUUGUCAAAUAUACGCUCUUCAACGUUGGAAAUGGUCCCGCAAUCGAUGUUAAAUUAGUUGAUAAUGGUUUCCAUCCCGAAGCUUUUGAAGUUGUUGGCGGAAAAUUAGCUGCGACAAUCGAUCGAAUUGCUCCCCAAACGAAUGUUUCGCACAUUGCCGUCGUUCGUCCCAAAUCCUAUGGAUAUUUCAACUUCACCGCUGCCGAAGUCAAUUAUCGACCAGUUGAGGAAGCAGCCAAUUUGCAAUUUACGGUCAGUUCGGAGCCCGGAGAAGGUGCCAUUGUCUCUCUCGCCCAAUUCAACAAGCAAUUUUCAUCACAUUUCUUGGAUUGGUUCGCUUUUGCCAUCAUGACGUUGCCCUCAUUGGCCAUUCCCUACUUCUUGUGGUUCAAAUCACAGACAAAAUACGAACUUUUGGCGAAACCCAGCAAGAAAGCGAUGUAAAAAAAUGGAAACGGGAAUGAACAAUCGAAAUCGAACCAAUAAAAAAAUGUUGUGAGAGAUUAUUUAA